GAAACACGUGUGUAAACUGUUAUGUCAACAAAACAUUAUUUUUAAAGAUUGUCUGAUUGAGAACGACAGCAUGACACUGGAAGCAAUCAAGUACAAUAAUGGAAAAUUACAGAUAUUGGACCAGCUUCUUCUUCCGAACGAAACCAAAUAUAUCGACAUUUUAUCUGUAGAUGAUGGAUGGAAGGCGAUAAAGCUCAUGCAAGUACGAGGUGCACCUGCGAUCGCCAUAGUAGGAUGUCUAAGUUUAGCAGUAGAACUGAGGAAAAUGUCCUUCUUGAACGUAGAUGAAGCAUGUAGAUUUAUUGAGGAAAAGUUGAAGUACUUAGUGACAUCCCGACCCACAGCAGUCAACAUGGAUAAAGCCGCAAAAUACUUCAUAGAGAAAACAAAGUCAUUAGCCAACAAAGGGGACAACUCUGUACAGAAUAUAAUAGAAAAAAUAGUGUCUGAAAUAGAGGAAAUGCUUCCUACAGAUAUUGCUGUGAAUAAAACCCUGAGUAAAUUUGGAGCAGAUCACGUACUGAAUCUUUGUGACAAACCAGUUGAUGUCCUUACUCACUGCAACACAGGGUCUCUAGCGACGGCCGGAUAUGGAACAGCUCUGGGUGUAAUACGAACUUUACAAGAAAGAAAUAAAUUGAAUCACGUGUAUUGCACGGAGACUCGUCCCUAUAACCAGGGGGCACGGCUGACGGCUUAUGAAUUUGUGUACGAGAAAAUGUCUGCCACCUUAAUCUGUGAUAGCAUGGCAUCAAUGUUGAUGGAACGCAAAGGGGUGUCAGCGGUAGUUGUGGGAGCUGAUCGGGUGGUAGCCAAUGGGGAUACUGCUAACAAGAUAGGAACCUAUCAGUUGGCUAUUGUCGCAAAGCAUCACAACGUUCCAUUUUACGUUGCAUGUCCUUCUACUUCGUUUGACCCAAAAUUAAAGAAUGGAGAUGAAAUUCGAAUAGAAGAAAGACCACACGAAGAAAUGACACACAUCAAAGGAGUUUCUAUCGCUGCACCAGGAAUCAAUUGCUGGAACCCCGCCUUUGAUGUGACGCCGGCGUCUUUGAUUACUGGUGGGAUCAUUACAGAGUUUGGUGUGUUCAAACCUUCUGAGCUAUUGGAGCGUUUGGUACCACUGUUACAAAAUCAGCAAAUACAGAAUGGAAAUUCCACGUGACCAGGACGGAUGUCACCUUGUCUGGUCUAUCAAGAUAUUAGUAUACGUUCCUCCAAACACAUUGCACCAGCUCCAAAAUAUGGAUUCGUUCAAGAUCCCGAGAUAGAUAGAUGUAAAUCAGGGCCGGUCCUGGAGAGGAUGUUAGCUGAAAUUUCUCUGAUUCUUGAAAUAUUUUCAGCGUUUGUAUAUGGGCUGACGACGGAUGGGUGCGAGGAUGGGUGGACGUUCUAUAAACACUUGUGUUACCAAAUAAAUCAGGACCCCUAUGGACUCAGUCAAAAGGAAGCCGGCGCUGUCUGUGUGUCCAAGAAUGCGGCUCUAUCCAGUAUAUGGGAUAACAAAGAAAGCCAAUUCAUUGCUCAAGAGUUACUCAGAAUAACUAAUGCCAACCACGCAUGGAUUGGUCUGAAGCAAGAGAAGCGAGGGAAUAGGUAUGUCUGGACCUUGGUGGACGGAUCUAUCGCAGAUGCUGCAAGCUGGAAAUACGGAGACACAGAGGACACUGUUGGAAUGUGUGGAAUUAUCCGCCGAGACGGAGUUCAGGAUCUACAGAACUGUACGGAACCCAUUCAGUUCUUUAUCUGCAAGAAAAAUCUUAAAAUGUGGUAUGUCGUCAGUGACAUCUUUGAAAACAAAUACCGCGACGAAGAUUUCAGUGAGGAACCACAGAAGCUAAUGUUUGAGAGGGUGUGGCCUCCCAAACUGGAAUACGUCCAUGAUUAUCUGUCACACCUAGCCCAGACGACAGUUUCCAAGGAAACGGACUGUGCUUACAAAUGCUUCCGGGCUGAUGCAUGCAGGGCUUUUUCCAUUCAGUGCAAAGUGAACUGGAAAUGUGAAAAAUAUGAUUGUGAAGUUUACCGUCCAAUUACUUUAUGAGAAAAAAAAAUGCACUUUUCUUUUUACAUAACCUUAUUAUUUCUUUUAUUUAUAAUUUACAUUAUAUAAAAAAGGCAAAAUGUUACUUUACAUGAUAAAAUGUUUAAUGAACAUGUC